GUUUAUCCCGCUGGAAGGGAACGGCUGCUCCCGCUGAGAACUGACAGCGCCAGCUCCGUGCGGCUGCGGGCACCGGCCCCGAGGGCUUACAAUGGUUGACACAGAGAUGCCGUUUUGGCCCCUGAAUUUUGGAAUCAGCCCCGUGGAUCUGUCAGCCAUGGAUGAUCACACACAUUCCUUUGACAUCAAGCCCUUCACCACCGUUGACUUCUCCAGCAUUUCCUCCCCUCACUAUGAAGAUCUCCCCCUUGCCAGAGCUGACCAGUCAGGCCUGGAUUACAAAUAUGAUAUCAAGCUCCAGGAUUGCCAAAGUGCCAUCAAGCUGGAGCCUCCUUCCCCCCCCUAUUUCUCAGAGAAGGUCCAGCUGUACAACAAGGCUCACGAGGAGGCGUCCAACUCGCUGAUGGCCAUCGAGUGCCGCGUGUGCGGCGACAAAGCCUCCGGCUUCCACUACGGCGUGCACGCCUGCGAGGGCUGCAAGGGUUUUUUCCGGAGGACCAUCCGGUUGAAGCUGAUUUACGACAGGUGUGACCUGAACUGCCGCAUCCACAAGAAGAGCAGGAACAAAUGUCAGUACUGCAGGUUCCAGAAGUGCCUGGCCGUUGGGAUGUCACACAAUGCCAUCAGGUUCGGGCGGAUGCCCCAGGCGGAGAAGGAGAAGCUGCUGGCCGAGAUCUCCAGCGACAUCGAGCAGCUGAACCCCGAGUCCGCCGACCUGCGCGCGCUGGCCAAGCACCUCUACGACUCCUACAUCAAGUCCUUCCCUCUGACCAAAGCCAAGGCGAGGGCCAUCCUGACAGGAAAGACGACAGACAAAUCACCCUUCGUUAUUUAUGACAUGAACUCUUUGAUGAUGGGGGAAGACCAGAUCAAGUGCAAGCACGUGUCCCCCCUGCAGGAGGAGAACAAGGAGGUGGCCAUCCGCAUCUUCCAGCGCUGCCAGUUCCGCUCCGUGGAGGCCGUGCAGGAGAUCACCGAGUUCGCCAAGAACAUCCCGGGCUUUGUCAACCUCGACCUCAACGACCAAGUGACUCUGCUGAAAUAUGGGGUCCACGAGAUCAUCUACACCCUGCUGGCCUCCCUGAUGAAUAAAGAUGGGGUUCUCAUAUCCGAUGGACAGGGGUUCAUGACGCGGGAGUUCCUGAAGAGCCUGAGGAAACCUUUUUGUGACUUUAUGGAGCCCAAGUUUGAGUUUGCUGUGAAGUUCAAUGCACUGGAAUUAGAUGACAGUGACCUGGCAAUAUUUAUAGCUGUCAUUAUCCUAAGUGGAGACCGCCCGGGGUUGCUAAAUGUGAAGCCCAUUGAAGACAUUCAGGACAACCUUUUGCAAGCCCUGGAGCUGCAGCUGAAGCUGAACCACCCCGAGUCCUCUCAGCUGUUUGCAAAGCUGCUGCAGAAAAUGACGGACCUGAGGCAGAUCGUCACGGAGCACGUGCAGCUCCUGCAGGUCAUCAAGAAAACCGAGACGGACAUGAACCUGCAUCCUCUGCUCCAGGAGAUCUACAAGGACCUGUAUUAAUGAGCAGAGCAGCUGUUAAUCCCCUGACAUGAUGUAUGUUCUUCAGAUUGCACUAUUUCUAUGAGGGAAAAACUUGGCGUACCUGAGAGAUUACUGUGAAACAGCAUUUAAAAAGAGAGAGCUUAGUAUAGUAGAUCUAUUUUAUGCAUAUUGUUUAUAAAGACACAUUUACAAUUUACUUUUAAUAUUAAAAGUAUCUAUAUCAU